CGCGGCCGCCUCCCCGGGCCAACAGCUGCGCAGGCUGGAGCCUCCCACCGAAACGCCAUGGAUACAGCUAGUCACAGUCUAGUCCUCCUGCAGCAGUUGAAUAUGCAGCGUGAGUUUGGUUUUCUCUGUGACUGUACAGUUGCAAUAGGAGAUGUUUACUUCAAGGCCCACAGAGCAGUGCUAGCUGCUUUUUCAAACUACUUUAAGAUGAUAUUUAUUCACCAGACAAGUGAAUGCAUAAAGAUUCAGCCUACAGAUAUCCAACCAGACAUAUUCAGCUACUUGUUGCACAUCAUGUACACUGGAAAAGGUCCAAAGCAGACAGUCAACCCCAGCCGGCUGGAGGAGGGCAUUCGAUUUCUCCAUGCGGACUACCUUUCCCACAUUGCAAUUAAAAUGAACCAGAUACUUUCCCCAGAGACGAUGCAGUCUUCAAACUUAUAUGGAAUUCAGAUCUCAACUGCACACAAAGCAACAAAGGAAGGUCUUGGAGCAAAAGAAAAUCUGACAAAUGCCAGCAACAGGUCUGCUAACCAGGGCGAUCACCCACAGUUACAGCUCUCACUUGCUAUUGGACUAGAUGAUGGUACCCUCGAACAACAGAUCACCCAUCCUUCCACCCAAGCAGCUGUCAAACCAGUGGAGGCGCUUCAGAAAUCAUCUGUGUCUAUAAAGCAGGAGAAAUGUGACCCCGAGCCAGUGGUGUCCCAAAGUCACACGUCGCCCUCUCCAGAUGUUUCUAAAACUAAUCUCAAAAUGCAUUUAUGUCAUUACUGUGGGGAGCGUUUUGAUUCCCGUGGCAAUUUGCGGGAACACCUGCACACUCACGUCUCUGGCUCACUUCCCUUUGGCGUCCCAGCCUCCAUCCUGGAGAGCAAUGACCUUGGUGAAGUGCAGCCUAUUACUGAAAAGGGGGAAGCUAUUGAAAGUCACCGGCUCGGUGCCUUCCUACUGAAAGAGAAUGAGCAUCCGUCAGAACGUCCAAGCCAUAGUAACACAGAGCCGUUACAGUAUGGCCAGUUGUCGCUAAUCUCCAAAGACACUGAGCCUGUGGAGUUAAACUGCAACUUCUCUUUUUCAAGAAAGAGAAAAAUCAGUUGCACAGUCUGUGGCCACAAAUUUCUCCGAAAGAGCCAGUUGCUAGAACACAUGUACACACACAAAGGGAAACAAUACAAAUACAACCGAUGCCAAAGGUUUGGUAACCCAGUAGCCCACAGGUUUCAUCCUUAUUGUGACAGUUGGUCUGAUUGUACAGUAAAAAGUUCCAGGCUCUCUCAAGAUCACCUAGAUUCAUCAUGUGCAUUGGAGUCUGAUCUUGCUCCAGAAAAUGUUGAUGCAAUCCUCGUAGAAUAGCUUUGUAUGUUGCCUCUGAUGAGCUGAAAGCGUGAAUGCUUCAAUUUGUUUGUGUCCUUCCAUUUUGCUGAAUGUUCUGGGUACUCUUCUGAAGUUUUCUCUUCACCUAACAGCUCUGUCUUCAGCGAGAUGAGAUUGUAACAAUUAUGUAUACCCUUUUACUUGGAUAUUUAAACCUUAAAAUCCAAGUUGAUUAGAGAACAAGCUGUUUGUCGGCGGUGUCCAGAUAACUUAGAUCCAUCUUUCAUAAAUGACCACUUAAUUGACCUGUGUGUUAUCCAAGAUGAGAUUGUAGAAGUUAGUGAGUGUGGGGUUUAAGCAUCUAGUAUACUGAGCAAAACUUUAGGACUGAGUGUGUGUCCUUAGAAUUAUUCUGAAACCA